AUGGCUUCACAACUGCAGCAAUCAGCGAGCGUUGCGCCUCGUAAUGAACCUUGCGAAGAAAAUCCCUACGGCAUCUUCGUCGAGGAGGAUCUGAUCGACGACUCGACUGGGAUCGUACCAACAAAGGGUUUGGGUAUACCUCUUAGCCUCAAGGACCGCUUCUUGAGGCGCCUGUCGAAGAUGCUAGGCACCGCAGCGAACAUACGAGAGAUACACAACGGCAACGCUAUGGACAUCUUCUUGACGCGAGACAAACAGUCGCCCGGGCCAAACAUUGCGCUGGAUGAAGGACUACGCAAAUUUGUGCGCGAGCUCGAAGAUGGGCUGGAAUCUGUUGCGACACAUCCGUCUGGCCAGCCACUCGAUCGUGCAUGCUCAGAACUAUGGGACGGCAUUCUGAUUUACAACUACAACAAAGUCGAACAAGUCAUACGAAGUAUACAGAAGAAUUUCGACGAGAAUAGGACUACCUUCAACGAACUCGUAACGAGGAUGUUCGGCAUCGACGACAAUGACGACAAGGGCUCGAUGCUGGACCGAGAGCUUGGUGAAAAGAUUAUCAGGCUAUCUCAAAACGUCCAUGCGUUCGAUGGCUCCAUGAAGGAGUUGAAUAAGCUCGUUCAAUUUGCAUCGACUAUGACGAGGGUACUUCACAACUUGCGAGACCGCCUCAAGUACAUCCUUGAGAAGACUCACUUCGCCAAUAAGCUGUUCGACCUCAUCUGCGCCCUCGGCUUCCCUGAACGUGUCUACAGCACCCUGGUACGGGCUGCUAGAUCUUCGCAGACAUUUAGGAAGGUCAACUUCCACUUGAGGCCUCAGUCGCCGGUAAAGAACGUGUCUUUCGCGACUCCAACGGCGAGUGCGACGCCAACAACCAUCAAGCCGUCCUCACCGCCUCAAAAGGAGAAGUCAAAGCGGAUGCAGCAGUACGAAGCAACAGCGAUCGGAACUGCAGUUGCAGUUCCUGCUCUUCCAUCUCUUCCUCUUCCUUCUCCUCCUCAGCAAGCUCUCACCAGCCUCGGUCCACUGAUGACCGCGGUGCAGCCUUACCUGAAUCAACAAGAUCGGGGUCUCGAUCUCCAUUCCUUGCAACCCGCAACCAAACAAGAAACGGCGCAACUAAUCGGCACCAUACUCCGAGAGAGGCUUCUAUCUACGCAGACCGCCGCAUGGUAUUCGUUCGGUUUCGUCACCGCGAAGGAUGAAGAGCAAGAAAGACAACUAGCAGGGCUUUACGUCGCAAUACUGAAGGAGGCCAAAGAUCCCGAAGCCGCAUUCCGCGAACUACAGACUGCCUUGGAAACGAAUUCCAUCGUCAAACUCUUCGAUCAGUACGAGUACGCUCAUUUCCGCGACCUCUUCCCUUACCUCAAGACCUUCCUCUCCACGCCACCCACCAAACGCUCCACCGUCUGGCGUCUCCGGCAGUUCAUCCAGGAUCCGAUUGACGACGAACCGCCUGCAUGUCUACAACGGGACUACGGCUUCAAAUUUUGCCGCCCCCGCGAAGAAGUCCUCCGCGUCAAGGAAAUCUACACCAAAAUGCUGCGCAAGAUGGGCCCGCAAAAGCUGGAUAUCGCAUGCAUCAACGGUCGAUUGUCCGAGACGGCGAUGAAAGAGGGGGUGUAUGUCGAUCACAAGGACAGGCGGUUCCUGAAAAACGACUAUGGAUCCCCAUUCCUGGGACUGGACUGUGAGGGCGGUCUCGAGAACUACCGCGGCCCGUUCUACAGGAAGCCGUUGAAGCUUUAG